AUGUUUCCGCUAAGAUGCUUAUCGUUCCUCUUGCUUAGCGCUUUGUUCAUCUAUUGUAACGCUGAAGCAACUGAAACUUUAAUUGAGAUGAAAGGCGACAAAUUAAGCGAUGGGGAAACUGAACAGAUAGAACGGGUUGAAGGAAACAAUACAACAAAUUUUUCGACUGAAGCCUAUGACAAUGAACUGCGAGUUUUGAAUAAAGAUUUUGAUAGAUUGGGGAAAAUUUAUGUGGCACAGUACUACAUGUUAUUUGACGAUCCAACAAGACGACUAUCUCUGGUUUCACUCUACCAUCACGAAGAUUCCUUUUUAUCUUUUGAGGGCAAACAAUUUCAUGGAACAAAAGAAAUUCUCAAAAAAUUCGAUAGCUUGAAAUUAGGAAAAAUUACGAGAUCGAUUUGUUCUGUUGAUUCACAGCCUCUUCCAAAUGGCGGCGUCAUCAUAAAUGUUAUUGGAAAAACCGAAAGCAAAGAGCACAAAUCACUUCGUUAUGCCCAAACAUUCAUUUUUAUGCCCCAGAAGGGAUCAUUUUUCCUCCAGCAUGAUAUUUUCCGGUUGAUAUGUGAUUAA